CACACAUGCCUCACAAAGAUACUCCCAACCCAUCCCAACCCAGUACACCAAACCCACCCAACCGGAGGGAGGCGCGACGCGCCCCCAACGGACAGCUCGACAAACCCGACCACAGACCCCAUCCGGCACGACCGCCUCCUUCCUGGAGAACGCGGUCGGAAGGGUAGGUAGAAUGGCGCAAUCAGUCACCCACACGUCCCCGGCGAAAAUCAAGAGCGUACUAAUAGGAAACAAGAAAAGGGCGCUGGACGCAGAACGCGCGACCACCCCAACCCCGCAGUCCUACAACGACGUAGACAUGACCAUGGGAGACCAGAACGACCCAAACCGGCGCGUCCCAUGGGACGAAGACAUCGAGUCAUCCGGAGACGAAAAUGACCAAAGGGGAAUCGACCAAGAAUCCAUACAGGCCGACAGAUUCAGCCACCUCGCAGAUCGCUCGAUGAGCAGGGACGAGAAGUUAGAUCACCUAUACAACUCCCUCUUAGACGCCGGGUUCUUCGUACAGGCAUUGGAGAGUGGGGGAGAAAUGGAUAUUGCAAGGACUGACCAAAAAAUCACAGGAUGCAUGACGGGCCUAUCAAACGCGCUCCUCAACCAGCCAUACAGAGUCAUCAUGGAACAGCAAGCAGGCCUCGCGAAGGCAAUCCACGAGAUCAGCAAGAACAUGACGACGACCAUGGAGAACAUGGCGACGAUCAUGGAGAAUGUUCAGAACAACGGAGAAAAGAUUGAACACAUGAAGAAUGAGACAGCCAACAGCCUAACAGCAACCUCAGACCGGCUCAAAGCCUUGGAAUCCCUGGCCACCGACACUCAGUCACGAAUCGCAAACCUGGAAAACCGAGGUGCUGGACCCCAAACACGAAACACGGAACCCACCUCAAACCCAAGCCACACAACAAGCCACGCCACUGGCCCGACGUUCAAACCCAAAGGGAAAACUGAGGGAAACCCGGGACCAACCAAGAAGAGCACCAACCCAGCAUCGGCCCAUCACCCAAGCCGAGCGCGGAAGAGGCAUUGA